AUGAAGUAUGAACAUCACCGCCAAAUCUCUCCCGGGCGCCGACCACCCGCUGCUCGUGUUGUAGAGCGCAUUUGUCAGCUGCUCCAUCGCAAGAAAGACAUUGCUGGGGCAGUGUGGGCUAAUUACUGGGAUGCCGAGAAGCGUACUGCUGCACCACCACCCGGCAACUACGUGGCUAAUCAACACUCGUGCCCCGCAAUGGUCGCUGCUUUUGUUCAGCAGUUUGUUCGAGAGCGACGUGCUAUCCGACAGUGCACUGUAGCAAGGGACGUCAUGGACAAGCUUGCCCGCAACUACGUUAUCCAUGUUGACUACGACUCGUCUACAGCUGUAGUUUUCGCACUACGCCCUCACGGAUUGUUCAGCAGUGUGUACUGCGAGAACUGGAUGAAAAAGAUUAUCGACGUGUUGGGCGUGUAUUACAUUAAAACCACGAUCAUAGUGCUGGACAACGCGACGUGA